AUGAGCUUGGUCUAUUUUUGGGUUUUGAUCAAGACUUUAAAAAAGGCUUUCCAGCUAGCUCAAUAUACCAUUGAGGCUAUGCUCAAAGAUGAUGAGGAGAAACAGUUCACUUACAAAGCUAUCAAGGAUUGGCUACAAAAGCUCAAAGAUGUUGCUAAUGUCCGAGAUGACAUCUUGGACAAGUGUGCUACUGAAGCUCUGGAAUUUGAGUAUGAAGGCCUCAAGUGUGGCCUAACAUACAAGGUACAAACCUCUUUCUUAUCCUCUUUUCAUCCUAAACAUGGUGUUUUCCGUUACAAAAUUGCUAAGAAAAUGAAAAGGAUGCGGUUGGAUGAAAGUGCAGAAGAGAAAGCUUCUAGAUUUUAUUCAAAGAAAAAGAUACUUGCUUGUAUUGGAUGA